AUGGGUUUGACAGGCAAGGUGAUUCUCCCGCUGUUCGGGGCGUUGAUGCUCUGCGGGCUCGUUAUCGGUGCCUAUUCCGGAUACGAUGACGUCAACAGCCUGCCACCCGAGGAGAAGCGUCGCAUCAUUCGCGAACUGAUACGCGCUCAAAAGGACAUCCGGAGGGCCCUGCUGAAGGUGCACUACAGCCUGAAUGGUGAGGAAUCCGAAGGAUACGAUGACGAUGAUGACGAAUUCAGGCACGGCUGCUGGGACAAGGAGCUGGCCGGCUUCCGCGCAAACCUGGAGGAAAAGAUGGCCUCCCUAUCGAGCGGUCUUAAGCUAUCGAACGAAAUGAUGGACGAGAUCGCGGAGCGCAUCAAACCUGGCCAUCAUGGCAAUUACGAGUCGGGCUACGGAGGAGGGCCGGAGUAUGGAGGAGGCCCGGCGUACGGUGGAGGCCCGGAGUACGGAUACGGCCCAGGAUAUGGCGGUGACUACGGAAACCCCGGAUACGGACCGGGCUAUGGCCCGAAGCCACGACCACCGCGACCAACGAAGCCCCCACUAACGACGACACCGGAAACGACCAGCUGGAGGCCCACGACCACGGAAUCCUAUGGAACGGGUGAUAAUGAUGAUGAUAGCAGUGAAUACUACGCACGGAAACGCGGAGCCAACCGACGCUACGGCCGAGACCUUAAUGUGGACGCCGCGGUGGAGGAACAGGAAGUGAAGCACGAGCCAGGAGUAGCCGUGGACGAUGCGGAACAGCCAGGAAUCGAUAGCGACGUAGCGGAAGCUCUGGAUACACUCUUCGAAGACAAGGAAUAG